GACUAGCUUCAUAAUCCAAUCAACACAUUCGUUACUUAGAUCUCUGAUCACGUUGUGUUUUGUUAGCAACCAGAGCAACGAUACUUCAAUAUCCAAUAAAGGUGUAUACAUUUGUUUCACUAUUCAAUAUUGUAGCCCAUUUUGCAGUGUGGUAAACUAACAAAGGGAAAUGGCCACACAAAUUGGGCAAAAUACUCGUUACCAACCACAAGACUGGUUUACCAACAAUUACACCAUCUCAACAAAUGCAGAGCGUCAAAGAGAUGCCUCUCAUCAAGUCAGACAGGAAGGUAGAUUUUUGAAGAAUGAAACGGACAAUCAGACCAAAUGGGAUCAAUAUAGCAAUAAUGUACGUCUCGCAGACAGAGUCGACCAUAUUAGGAAAUGGAAAGAGAUUCUAGAGAAAACACUUGCUGACCUUGAUAAAGAGAUUGCUGAUUUAUCAGAAGCUAAAGAACUCACAGAAAUAUCCCUAGAAGCCAAGAACCUUCCUACUGAUGUUGUUCUGGAAAAUCUGACACUCCGUGAAGGACGUCAGGAAAUUGAUGUCGUCAUAGAUGAACCAGAGAAGCAGCUGCAUAAGGAAGCCGAGGUCAUAGACGGAAUUAAAAAACAGCUACAGCAGCGUAUCAAUGAGUCUUUUGAGCAGCUAUGUCUUCUCCAAGAGGCUCGACAACAGGUUCAAGCUGAUCUCCAAGACAAGAACAUCGCUCUCGGCAUCGACAUUGAUCAGUACAACCUGUCGGACAAAUCCCCAAACAUAAGCUUCAAACCAGACAGCCUCAGAGUCCCAAAGGGAAGCACCACACCACAACAAUGGGAGGACUUCAGCCGCUACAACAAAGACCGCGCCGAUGCGGAGAUGAAAGCCUCGAACAACCUGCGUGAGGCGAUCCACCACACGCUGCAGCAGACAGACAACGAUCUGGAGGCUCAGCGCAUUGCAACGGAGUAUGCCCUGAGGAAGAGAAUCCAUGAGUUCGAGAGGGCCAAGGAUGAGCUGGAGUGGCAGAAAAAGAAUACCGAGGAAGAGAUUGCAGAGAUGGAGAAUGAUAUCCGUAAUCUGGAGGAAGCCAUCCGUGACAAGAUCAACCCAAUGAAGCUGGCCCAGACCCGUCUGGAGAACCGAACAUACCGACCGAACGUCGAGCUGUGUCGCGAUGCGCCCCAGUACGGACUCACAGACGAGGUCAAGCAGCUGGAGGCCACAAAACGAGCACUCGAAGAGAAAUGCAACCAGGCAAAACAUGCCCUCGAUGGUCUUGAGAAGAAUCUUCACCGAAUCAAUGAUGACCUUGCCAAGAAGAACAACUCUCCGAUGCUUGACAACCGCUGCAUGAAUAUUCGACAGAAACUACAGACUCGCCCACAAACCAGCAUCGAGAGAAACCUCACCAUUACCGGGAUUGAGCGAGAGAAAACCAAAAUCUUGGCAUAGGCAAUUCCAAAUCACAUUAUUAGACUGCAGCAUUCGCCACUGUGACCUACAAAACUUGGCUCAACAUCUGUGCUUCAAGUAAAACUCGUAUCAGUAUUAUCAUGUUAUGCUUGCAACAGUAACAGUUGUACAUUAUUGAAAGUUAAUAUGGUUUGGACAAGUAGUUAUUUUACAUUUGUGUAUUGUAUUAGUGAACUAAUUUAUUAUUUGAACUGGAGUAAAACAAAUGAAUCCAUAUUUACAGCAAAUAUUUUUGCAGUAAUUAUAUUCAUUUAAACCUUUCUGCUUCAGGCAUCUUUUAGCCAAGGUUAAAUUAUAAGGAGAUCACCCACCCUCCGACUUUCUUUUAUCUAAGCCCCAUAGCUUAAAGAUAUUGGAACUGGAUUUCUGUUAAUAAUGAUUACAAAAAUGAAAACAACCAAUUUGUUCUAAAAUUACUUAAUCAAGAAUAUAAUUUAAAAAAAAUUCACCUCACUUAAAAUUUAAUGUUGUUUUACUUCCUUUUGCAAAAAUAGUGUACAUUUUAAAAUAAGAUAAUUUUACAUGUAUAGAAACCACCUAUUUGCUUGUUUUGUGCUUAUAAUAAAAAUUAAGAGAUCUCAACCCUCUUAUAUGAAUGAGAAAAAUGUACUUAAUGGGCCAUUUCACUGCAGUUUUGUUAAGUAAUUUUUUUGUCAUGUUGUGACAAAAUCAGAUUUUUAUUGACAUAAAACUUGUAUGUAACAAAAAACAUGAAACAGUCUACUUGUUAUGCAAGACUUUACAUCCGGGAGAUGUGAAUACAAGUACUGGCUUGCAAUGUGUGUUUUUAUUUUGUAUAUUCAGAUUAAUGUUAGGAAAUAUUGUUUGUAGAAAUGUUUUGUCCUAAAGAUUUAAUUAUAUUAUUCACCAAUAUGAAGAUUGUAAUUAAAAGUAUUGUCAAUUCAC